GUUCAUAUUUUUGCUGCUCGAUCUGAAACUUAAUAUUAUUUACAUGUGUACACUAUACACAACAUAUACAAAUCCUUUGAUAUAUAUUACAUUACAUGUGGACCUAAAAUAAUUAUUAUUGAAUAAAGGAUUUAAGAUUUUUUUUAUUGUGAAUCAAAAAAUAAUAAAAAAAAUUAAAAUAUAUAUAAAAAAAACUGUGAAUUGUGUAACAUAUAGAACAAAAUAGAACGAAGAUUCUGGAGAUACAAAAAAAUAAAUAAUAAAAAAAUCAGGAGAUAAAUUAACGUUGGAUAUUUUUUAUAAAGAUAAAAAAAACGAAUAUAAAGAAACGCAGUAUUUUUACUUUAUUAUUUUUUUGGAACAACAACUGCAACCAGCCAAGCAAGCAAAGCAACUUGUAACACGAAAAAGCAACGAACGACAAUAAAACGACAAAACAACGCAUAACUCCGCUUAAAAUAUAAUAAUUGAAUAACACUUUAUUUGUUAAAAUAAAAUUAUUGUGCAAUAAUCCGCCAAGAGAGAGAAACAACAAAGAAUAAACAUGCGAGGAGUGAUUGUUUGAUAAAUAUAAUGUAAUAAAAAAGUGGGUUCGAAAUAUUAAAAAAAAAUCAAACUGUGCCCGAAAAAAUACAUGAUUUUACAGUUUAAUCAUAUUUCGUAUUUAGCAUCAAUUUGAGGAGACUUGACGCGGUGCAAUUCAAGAAAAAUUUUAUUUAAAUUGUGUAACGAGAGUAUUUAAGCGAUAAUACGAGUGAACUCUACGUGCGUAGCAAUAUGGAAGAAGGAACCUGUUUUAAUGGAGGCGAUAUAGCCGGUGCCAUAUUUGGCACACUCAUCGCUGUUGUCAUAACGGCAGCCGUCGUUUAUUGGCUCUACAUCAAACAUCUCAAUAAGAAACGUCGAGAAGCACAAUUGAUGUUGAAGAAAGAUGCGGAAAAUGUCGAUGAAUAUGCUUUUGAUAAUCCAGCUUUUAAAGGUGAAACAACAAAAACCGCAUCUCCGCUCGAACCAACAUGGACUCCCAAAUUAAACGGAGGUCGAAAAGCCAUGGAUGACAGCUUCAUUGCUCCAACUCCUCGUGUUGUGCCAUUACGCGGAUCUGAUUUUACCGGAUUGGGCAUCGAGCUUUGCGGCGGACUCAAAGAAGGCAUUUACGUGAAGAAAGUAAUGUCUCAAGGGCCUGCUGCUGAAACCGUUAACCCAGGUGACAGAAUACUGAGUCUAACUAUUGAUUUUCGACAUGUCGUACAAGAGGAUGCAAUGACUAUUUUGAGCUAUGCAUCGCCAUACAACAUUAAACUUGAAUUGGUCGACGGCAAGGGGGUCAUUGGAACAACGAGCAGCCCGAAAUCAGGGCGAUCAACGUUGCAACAUCCGCUGUAUCGAUCAAGUAGUCAAACUGAUGUCAGUACGAUUGAACGCAAUGCCAAGAAGACCCUUUUCCCCGACACAGAUGUCAAGGAUGAGAAACGCUCCUCAACUCCCGUUGACAAAGUCAAGGUACAAAACGAGAAAAAGCCAUCAUUAACGCAACAAGUUAAGAAUCUCAUCACGGAAAAGCUUUCAUCUCGUUCCGCUGAGCCAAAACACGAAAAACUCGAAAAAUCCGAAUCAACAAACACCACAAUUGACGAACACAAAGAAAACGACGACAAAAAAUCCGGCCUUAAAUUCGGCAUUCGCGUUUUACCUCCCGCCGUCGGAGAUCGCCUAUUCGGAAAAAGCCCCAGCAAGAUGCAAGCUGACAACGAAAACAACACAAACAUGGAGAAAAAGGAAGAAAAUCAGAAAAAAGACGAAGAAAUCAUCAAAGAAAGCGAAAUAAAAAUCGACAUUGAACCCACGCCAAAAGUCGAGGCACACUUAGAGCGACAAGGCAUCGUCACAUCGAGCGGAAUUCGUCGCGAUUCUGAUGGAAUCCCCUUGGAAAUGCCAAAUCACAUGAUGCAAGCAGCGAUGUCGGCACGUGACAACCGCCCAAAGUCCUGCGUCGAUUUACGACAAAAAUCCAAAGGAAAAGCUCCCAUGCCGCCGCCUGAAAGUUUGGAUUCGAGCACCGCCACGGAAGAUACUGUCAUCGAUAUGGACAUGACAGAUCACGCAAAAGCUUUAGUUGAUGAGGCAAUUCAAUCAGCAACAAGUCAAAUUUCAAAAAUGAACUUUACAAACGAUUUCACGGAGGCAAGUGAACAUCCCGAAGGUCAUCACUCGAAAAAUUCAACCCCGGAGAGUGGUAAAAAGCGAUUGUCAAGCGAUACUGAGAGUCAAAUGGCUCACGAAUCGGAUUUCGAGACAACAGGCAGCGACAGCAAUCGUAUUGAACUGAAUUCGAGCGAUAUUACCGUGCAUCAUGGCUCGGAGGAGGAAGAAGGAGACGAUUCGGGACGUCGAACUCAUAGCUUAGGAGACUUGUCGAAGGCGAAAAUGAUGGCACAAGACGAAAGCGGGACCCUGGAAAGAGCUCAAAGCUUGGAUAUUACCGAUAGCGUUACAAAAACGAAGCGUAAGGCACCCACAGACGUCGAUAUCAUCGAAAAUAAAGAACUUGGUUUGAUGGAAAAAAGCUCCGAUAGCAUGCACGGUACCUUAAAAUCAGCAAAUCAAUGGGGAAAUUUGGCCGAUUACGUUUUCGAGGACAAAUCAUCGGAUAAAGAGGAUGGAAGUGUGCAUGAUGUCCCAUUAUCUGAGACAACAAUCGAUUUAGUGCGCGAUGUAAUGAACGUCGUAGACAACAUUGAUGCAAAAGACGAGACCAGCGAUCGCGAAAGUGACGACGAAGACGUUCCCUACUUGAAAUAUCACAUUGAAAAGCCGCCACGUGCGAGUAAAACUGACAGCGGCGUCAUUAUUCGCGGCAUGAUCGAGAAGAAAGACGUUGCGAUGCUGAAUGACAACUACAAUAACAUGGUCACGAUCAAUAAUAUGGAUCCCGUGCAGGAAAUUGUGAAGCAAAGUGAGCAGUUUAUGAUCCAAAUCAACAACGAGAUGAACGAAAAUGGCGCCAAAAUGGAAGAUGCCGUCAAUAAUUUCCGCGUGGAGACCCAAACGAUGUUCCUCGAGACAAACGGUGACACUUCCAACGACACAGAUCAAAUUAAAAUCACAGGAAAUUACGAUACAAACGUUCCGGAUGACAUGAAAGCCUCUCGUUACCCUUUUAACAGCUUGGAACGCCCAAAAUCCGAUGUUUUGAAGAAACUUGUGCAAACGACGGAGAUUGAACCUGCUGUACAAAUUACAACAACAACAACAACUACAACUAUUAAGCCCGUAACGAUGGAUCCGCAGCCCGUGAGCUUGACUUUGAUCAAUACAACGCCCGCUUCGGAGAACGAAAUGACCGAAAGUAGUCAAAAUUCGCCCGUUUACUCGAGUGACAAUCACGGCGUCAACAGCAUCAGCAUCUCGUCGAACCUCGUACUACCGGAUGUCGUUACAAAACCCACGGAAACGAAGAAAAAUGUCGUUAUGAUAUCAAAUACGUCGCAACCCUCAUCCAUAAUUAUGAUCGAAGACGAAACUUUGGACUUUACCUUACAAGCCCCCGACGAAGAAGACGAUCCUGAACUCGAUACUUUCAAAAAACUCGAGGAUGCAGUUACCAAGAAUGCUGAGGAAAUGUUCGUUAUUGAGAUGAACAACGGAAAUAAGGAGGAAACGAGCAAAAAAGAGGAUGAAAAUAAAGUAAACGGCAAUUAUGUGACAGAAAUCACAGUGAAAUCGACGAAAAAACCAGCUGAAAAUAACAAAAGUGCUUCAAAUUCGCCGGAAAUGCGUAAAACAGCGGCAAAACCCCCUCUAAGUCGCGGCAAAUCAACGGAAUAUACGAAUGGAAAUGGUCGCAAGAGUUCAUCCUCGUCGCCAUCUCCGAACCGCGAGACUUCGCCCAAAUCCAAACUCUCCAAAAUCGGUAGUUUUCAGAUGCAGGAACGCCGUCAUACCGAAACGAACUUCAUUCCGCGCAAUAAUGAGAUAAAAUUCACACAAUCCACGUACGAAAGCCCGCUUUCGAAGUCAUACGAGAAACGAUCGUCGCAAAUUGAGCAACUCCGAUCGAAUUUCGAGAACAAAUCGGAUAUUCCGGUGCGCAAGAGUUCCAUUCCAACGUUGAAAAAUGGCUCCCCGAGCAAGAUUCCGGUGUCGAAGCAACGUUCGCCGUCGCAGGAUCGCAAUAAAGUCAAUGGCACGAACGGGACACAUAGCAAUCGAGGUUCGACAACAAAUUUAGCGCAACCGCUGGUCAGUGUUACAUCAAUAAAAAAUUCUUCGAAGCAUCCGAGUGGUAAAUAAAUCACAUAUCUGCAAAAA